GCCUAAUUUUGCUCCGUCUUUUUCGUGGACGCCACGAUUCUUUCAGCCGGUAGUCUUUCCAGAGAGCAGAGUCUCAGAGGUAGAUUCAUUUUGUCAGCCUGACCGUAAUUUGAAAUACCAUCGGACAUCAUGAAGACCAUGUUGUGCUUAGUUGUCGUUUUGAUUGGAGCUGUCCACAUUGCACAGAGUAAGUUGUGUGUUCAGUUUAUCGUUAGAGCAGAUUUUCUUCCAUAUUGACUCUUUUUUUUAGCAUAUUUUUAACAUAAAGUUUUACUAUUUGUACCGAAUGCUUUUCUUGACGUAACCCAUAGGAGCGGUGUUCCUAUACAUAAACUUUUUUUUUAAAUUUUUUUUUUUUUUUAAAAUACAUGAUUGAAUAUUUAUUCGGGAGGAGGAUGGUGGGUGAGAAAACACGCUUUUAUUACUCAAAUUUCGACCUAACCGUCAAUGCCGACCUAACCGUCAAUGCCGACCUAACCGGCAAGGUUGACAUAACGAGGAAUAUUCACGUGACCAGCAAGGUUUACCUAACCGGCAAGGUUGACAUAACGAGCAAUAUUGACCUGACCAGCAAGAUUUACCUAACAACAAUGAACGAUCUAACCGGCAGUGCCCACGUAACCGGCAAGGUUGACAUAACGAGCAAUAUGGACCUGACCAGCAAGAUUUACCUAACAACAAUGGAAGACCUAACCGGCAAUGCCCACCUAACCGGCAAGGUUGACAUAACGAGCAAUAUUGACCUGACCAGCAAGAUUUACCGAACAACAAUGGACGACCUAACCGGCAAUGCCCACCUAACCGGCAAGGUUGACAUAACGAGCAAUAUGGACCUGACCAGCAAGAUUUACCUAACAACAAUGGACGACCUAACCGGCAGUGCCCACGUAACCGGCAAGGUUGACAUAACGAGCAAUAUGGACCUGACCAGCAAGAUUUACCUAACAACAAUGGACGACCUAACCGGCAAUGCCCACCUAACCGGCAAGGUUGACAUAACGAGCAAUAUUGACCUGACCAGCAAGGUUUACCUAACAACAAUGACCACCUAACCGGCAGUGCCGAUCUAACCGGAAAUGCCGACCUAACCGGCAAGGUUGACAUAACGAGCAAUAUUGACCUGACCAGCAAGGUUUACCUAACAACAAUGACGACCUAACUGGCAGUGCCGACCUAACCGGCAAUGUCAACCUGACCACCCGAGUUGACCUAACCAGCAACGUCAAUCUGACCAGCAGAGUUGACCUAACCAGCAACGUUGACCUAACCAGCAAGGUUGACCUAACCAGCAAGGUUGACCUAACCAGCAGGGUUGACCUAACCAGCAGGGUUGACCUAACCAGCAAGGUUGACCUAACCACAAGAAUAAAUAAAUGAAGGGACUGCUUUCAAGCUAUGUAAAAGAAUGAAAUGGUGAAACGAGGUAUGUGGAAGCUUGAAAUAAGGUAACAGGACAAAAAACAAGGACGUUUCGGCAUAAAGCCUUCAUCAGCCAACAAUAGAAAUGAAAAUACAACAAAGAAAAGAACACAGUAGAAAACUCAAGCAGUGUGUUCUUUUCUUUGUUGUACUUUCAUUUCUAUUGUUGGCUGAUGAAGGCUUUAUGCCGAAACGUCCUUGUUUUUUGUCCUGUUACCUUAUUUCAAGCUUCCACAUACCUCGUUUCACCAUUUCAUUUUUUGACCUAACCAGCAGGGUUGACCUAACCAGCAAAGUUGACCUAACCAGCAAGGUUGACCUAACAAGCAAGGUUGACCUAACCAGCAGGGUUGACCUAACGAGCAAUAUUGACCUGACCAGCAGCGUAGCUGUAACAACAAAAAAAUAAAAUAAAAUAAAUCACAACCUAUCCAACAACAGUGAUUUCAUAAAAAAAAAAUUAUGUUGAUAUUUAUUUCUUUUCAAGCUGGGAAUUCAUGUAAGAGAACAACUAUAAGGGAAAGGGCAAUAAAAGAAAACCACGAUAGUAACUUUUCUUUGAUGUCAACAACAAGAUUAGUUCUAAAAUGUAAAAUAAAUCCAAAGUCUAUUAUAGCAGAGAUCCGUUUUGUUUUAAAAAUCCCACGCCAGACUGGCCGCCGUCUUUCGAUUUCUAAUAGUUGAAGUUGGGGAAAAAAAAAGGGGGGGGGGGUAUGUGUGAUGCGUGUGUGUUUUUUGUGUGUGUUUUUUGUGUGUGUUUUUUGUGUGUGUGUGUUGUUGUUGUUUUUUUUAAAUCAGUGUUUAGUUUCUUUCCAAGAAAAACUGGCCUACAAUUCUAUUUGACUUUUCUUUUUUUUUUCUUUGGGGGNCAUCGUAAAUGUCUUGUUAUAAAGCCGAAGUGUGUUUCAUGACAACAGGAAAGAAACAGAAUCUAAAGCAUACUAUAAAACGUAAAUAUAACACUUAGUAUGUUCUUAUUUCGUUAGGGAUUUCAGCCCCAUUCUGAGUCUUUUCUUUCAUGUUUAGGAAUAGGUAGGAUAUACACAUAUAUUAUGUUCAUUAAAUGUAUAAUUAUAUUUAUGUUUUUUUUUAUUAUAUUGAUGAAAUCAUUGGCUGAGACGUUUGAAUUUGCCAUUGGUCUCUGGAAAAAUGAAAGCUUAACAUAUUAUUCUUUUCUACUUACAAUUUACAAUGAAUUGUUCGUGUGUCAUUAAUCUUCUUAAAAGCAUUUUGCAGUCCAUACCUUGUAUAUUAGGCCAACAUGUUACAAACAUAAUUAUAAAACACAGUAUGUUGUGUCAUAUGUUACAAACAUAAUGAUAAAAUACAGCAUGUCAUUUCGUUUGGCCUUGAACUUGAUAAAAUUAACACACUAUCUGUUACAAGUUAAGGUUAAGAAUGAAAUAAUCUCGCAAUUCAUGUUGUUCCAGUGAGACUAUUUCCCAUUCAUCAUUUUUUUUAACCCAAAUAUCAUAAAAACAUGUCUGCGUAUCGCCUUAUCACACAUCAAGACGUCACCCUACCAAAAAAACCUCAACAUAUCAACCUGUUAUCCUAUAUCAACGUAUCGGGCUAUCAACCUAUCAAUGCUCUUUCCCGCAUGUGCAGGCCUGCCAGCCCUUGGGACGUGCACUCUCGGCAUUGUCAACUGUUUUGUCGAGCCUUGCCGGUUCUCAAAAUGUGCGGUCGAAGGUGCGACGUGUGGGUGAGUAAACGGGUCCAAUGCAUUUAGCUGCUUGAAGACCUCAUACAUGUUAUGAAAGGGUGGGGGGGGUGGUGGUUCCUUAGCUCACUAGUAAGAACGUUUUACGUAUAUAGAUGGUCAGUAAUCUACUUGAUACCACCUUAAUCCUCGUAAAUGCUCAUUGUAAACUUGGCUGUCGGUGCGCAGAUGGCCCAUGAGGCCGAUUCUAGUACGAAAUUUUCUUGUGCAGCAAGUGCCAGGGAUUGGGUAAUACCAUUGCGGAGGCUUAACCAAGGGGGGUGACGCGACAAUAAGACACAAGAUUGGGGCGACUGAGAGCAUUUGCUACGGGCAACGCCAUUUCAAAGUUCGCUCUUCAAAUGUUUCACUGUAUCUGGAAACCUGAGAUAUUUAAAAACGGGUGAGACAACUAACAAGGAUGUCUCUGAAGAAUGUCUUCUUCCCCGAAACGAUAAAAAAAAAAGGGGGUAACAUUGAAGGGCUAGAAAAGAAAUUAGAGAUCUGUGUUAGACAUUGAUACUAUCCUUUAUACGGCCUUUCCCAUGUAUUCUAUUUGUUUUUGUUUUUGUUCCAGCGAUGACUACUGUGGUGGAUGCAAUGCCCGGUGGUACGUCGGCGGCAAGGAAGUGACCAGUCAGUGCGCGGCUGUUGCCGAGGCGUGAGUGUCACGUGGAUAACGUCGGCGAGAUUCCGUUGGACGAGAGAGUUGCACUCUUUUUUGAGAAGCAGGCUUGGCUGAUUACAAACAUUAAUUAAAAAUUGCUUUAAUAAAUAUGAGCUUAUAUUAUAAUGGACAAUUACUU